AUGACCGAGUUCUUGUCCAUGAUCAGGCUAUGCAGCGUCAUCGCUGAUGCGGGCGAGAAUUCAAAUUUCCAGGAUUUGGCGAAACAGGGGUAUUCGGAUAGCAUGAAGAAGAUGACGGCCAAGACAAAGGCGGAGGUGGAGAGGAAGGGGUUUGUGUUGAAGCCGGAACAGGAGAGGUUGGUUGAGGGGUUUUUGGAGAGUUUGGGGAGGCUUAGGGUGGGUAGGACUGUUGUGAUGGAGGGAGAAGAGAAGGAGGACUUGCAGAUGAGGAUAUUAGAGGGAUUGCAAGGUGCUGCAAGGAAGGGUAGGGUUUCGCCGGCUCAAGCCUUCCAAGAACUAACAAACCUUUACUCGCUCAUAAUCAACGCAGCAAACGCCGAUUUGCCUCUCACACUGACCUUGCAAAUUACCGGGCCCAGAUCCUUCUCCUGCACUUCUUUCUCAUGGAAUUUGCUCUAG